GACUGCAUUGGUGCAAUUGACGGGACUAUUAUACCUGCGUGGGUGCCAGAAGGACAACAGGGUUCCUACAGAUGUAGGAAAGGGUAUUUGGCACAAAAUGUGAUGUUGGCGUGCGAUUUUGACCUGAAGUUCACUUUUGUUCUAGCGGGAUGGGAAGGCAGCGCAAACGAUGCACGCAUUUUCAAUCAGACGUUGUCAGACCCUAGAUAUAAUUUCCCCUAUCCACCGCCCGGUAAAUUCUACGUGGUCGACUCCGGAUAUGCACACAUUCCGGGUUUCAUGACACCAUACCGUGGUGAAAGAUACCAUCUUCCGGAGUGGUUGGGGUCUAACCAAUUGCCUGGAAAUGCUCGUGAGUUGUUUAACAGGCGACAUGCCACUGUCCGUAAUGUUAUCGAACGCAGUUUUGGUUUGCUAAAGGGGAAGUUUCCAAUGAUAAAGGGGUUGAUGCCAAACUACAAAGUUCAUUCCCAAACCGACAUAGUAAUAGCAUGUUGUGUCCUACAUAAUUUUAUUCGGAUGCAUGAACCGCUAGAAAACAUGCCGCCUGAAUUCAACAACCCGGAAUACGUACGACGACAUGAUCCAACUGAUCGGACUUUCCCUUUUAUGUCGAGUAAUAACUCCAACGUCGGCGGUGGUGAGCAUUGUGUGUUGCGUGACAGCAUAGCCCAAGCGCUGUGGGAGAACCGAAGAUAA